GGCCGAGCACCAUGAGGAACUGCAGCUCCCACUCCUCUGUAUGGCUUCUCCCAGACAGCAGCAGCUGCAGCAGCACGGACUCAGGCUCCUUGCAACACGCGUGGAACUUUGUCACGUCCCACGAACACAUAAUCAGGUCUCCAUUCUACCCAGUCAUGUACUCAUUCGUGGUCUAUACCACAUUCUGCCUUCCUUACCUGAUACUGGAUGCUUUGAUCCCAGCAUUCCCAGCGUUGAAGAAGUACCAGGUACAGCCAGGGACAGCAAGACCCACGCUGGGUACGGUGAUGCACUGUUUGGGGCAUUCUGUGUACAACCACUUGGUAUUUAUAUUCCCAGUGUCUGUUGCCUACUGGUACUGGAGACCAGUUCAGUUGCCACAGGUGGCACCGGAGCUGCAUCGCCUUGUAUUAGGUAUCAUAGCUUGCCUGCUGCUCUUUGACUUCCAGUACUUCAUCUGGCAUGUUCUGCAUCACAAGAUCCCAUGGCUGUAUAAGACAUUCCAUAAGAAGCAUCAUAAGUACUCUUCAACUUUUGCCCUUGCCACUCAGUACUCAGGUGCAUGGGAGCUGCUGUCUCUGGGAUUUUUUGCUGCCGCGACUCCUGUAAUGCUGGGAUGUCACCCUAUGACAGAGAUGACUUUCUUCAUUGUCAAUAUCUACCUGUCUGUGGAGGACCACUGUGGCUAUGACUUUCCUUGGUCUACACACAGACUUGUACCGUUCAGUUUAUGCGGAGGUCCAGAUCACCAUGAUGCUCAUCACAGGGAAUUCAUCUCUAAUUAUGCACCUUAUUUCACCCAUUGGGAUAAACUAUUCAACACAUAUGCUCAAAACUCAAAGAAGAACAAGUAUUGAUUUAUGGAAUAGUGAUGUAUG